AUGAUGAUGAUGGACAUGGGCAUGUACGGGACCUAUGGCAAACCUGACUCAUAUCCUAACUAUGUGUUCUCGGGUCAAGGAAAUCAUCACCAUCACCACCAUCACCAGCCUUCAUCCGUCGGUGGUCACGUGUCUGUGCCUCCUUCCCCAGAGGUAGCUCCAACUCAUUACUACCCCCAGACUGCAGUGGCGCCAUAUUCUUCAUCGUCUUCCGAGAGUUUCUUAACCGCCGAUUCGGGCACAUCGUCCAGUACACCGCCUCAAGGCUUCUACUCCCCGACGGGUGCCGUUCUCCACGAGAAUGGCUCCACCACAGCGAUAAUCUCUUCGGAGAAUGGCCUGAGCUACACCAAUCUGGAUUACGCAUCGUCUUCAUCGUAUCCAAAUCAGCAGCAGCAUGCAGUAGCCUCGGUGGAUCCGCAUCAAAGUUACCACGUUCAACAGCCUGCUUACAGAGAAGAUUCUCAUCACCAUCAUCAUCACCAUCAUCCAUCCAGUGGUAGCAGCCUGCAUCAAACCACAGUACCUCCAACUAGUCAUCCAAGAACGGAGCAUGAUCAACAACUCCAUCAUCAAUCUUCUAGUCAUCACCAUCACCAUCAUCACCAUCAUCACCAUGAACCCGAUUAUCCAAUAGCAGUUGGCGGGACUUCGAAUUAUCUUCAUCAACUGCCCUCCUCGGACGAAUCUUUGCAUUAUCAAACUCAGAUACAACAGAGCGAGUUUUCCACGCAUCCGUCGGCACAUUAUAAAGAAGAGAACUCGGACACAACUACCUAUCACAUUUUGCAACAGUCCAGUCACCUUCAACAUCCUCAUCAGCACGGGCAUCAUCAUCAACAGCAACAUUCGCAUGCACAUCAUUCGCAGCAACAACAGCAACAGCAACAGGCGCAAGUACCCACGUACAAGUGGAUGCAGGUCAAGAGAAACGUACCCAAGCCAGUCGCGACGAAAGCAAAUCCUAACGUAAUCGAGUUCGGUGGCGGUGCAGCCGCAGGAUCAAGCUCAUCCGUGUACGGAAGCACCGCCAGCGGAACAGUGAGCUGCAUCGCCGGUUCGUUGGCUGGUAUCGCUGGUAGCUUCAACAAUACAGGCCGUACGAACUUCACGAAUAAGCAGCUCACCGAAUUGGAGAAAGAAUUUCACUUCAACAAGUACCUGACGCGAGCGAGGCGUAUCGAGAUCGCUUCCACGCUGCAGCUUAACGAGACGCAGGUGAAGAUCUGGUUUCAGAACAGACGAAUGAAGCAAAAGAAGCGUAUGAAGGAAGGUCUAAUACCGGCAGAUAGCACGAAUGUGACGCCUCUGAGUGGUGCUAGGAGUAGCAGCAAUUCUCCGACGGGCUCGUCCAGUCACGAAAUCGGCGGUCUCGGUUUGUCUAGCUUUUCUAGUGACAACAGAAGAGAAUCACCCCCAUCUUCCAAGGAUUGA